UUGACGGAGCCCGGACGAUCGUAAAUCUGCGCGCAUAGUAUUGUUUACUAUUAAAUUCUAUUUAAAACUUCCGCAGUCCUGCUGACAUAAACUGGUAGUUGCAAAGUAGUAUAGGUCUUGUACAGGCGCAUAGUACAGAUUUGUUUGCUUUGUCGUGCAAGUUUCUCACUCGCUGCUCGAAUCGACAAUGGAUUUGGUCUGGUUGGUGUGCGUCGCUGUGAGUGUCUGCACUUGUUUUGCGUCUGCGGAGAGGCACAGCGUCUACUGGAAUAGCACGAACCCUAAGUUCCUCUGGGACGAGUACACGGUAGAGGUCUGCCUCAAUGACUACCUGGACAUCGUGUGCCCGCACUACCCGCUGGGCGAGGUGCCGUCCCAGGAGGCCGAGCGGUACGUGCUGUACAUGGUGGAGCGGGAGGACUACGAGGCGUGCCGGCCGCAGUCCUAUGAGCAGAUGCGCUGGGAGUGCUCGCACCCCUUCGCCGCCCACGCCCCUGAGAAGUUCUCUGAGAAGUUCCAGCGCUUCACCCCCUUCACCCUGGGCAAGGAGUUCCGCCGGGGCGAGAGCUACUACUAUAUUUCCAAGCCUGUCCACCAUCAUGGGAAGGAGUGUCUGAGACUGCGGGUGGAUGUCGUUGGCCCCAAAGGUUCCCAGGAGGCCAAAGUGGCUGGAGGAGUAGUGCACAGCCCAUCCAACAGUCUUCCAGCAGACGAUCCUGUCGUGAUCGUACCCGAAGUCCAGCGAAGUGUAGGAGCAAGUUCAGGAGUGAAGGCCGCGUCCAUCACCCUCCUCUUGACACUGAUCCCAGUCUUAAUAUCGCUUCUACUGCAUUGAUAUUGUGAAGGAACUACAAAUCCCAGACACUUCACACAGGAAGUGGACUACAUUGACGGUGGUCUGUGGGGACCCAGAGACACAAUGAGUUUUCUCAAAGCCCAAUGCUGGUCAUUGGAAGAGGAAAACCUUUAUUGUAUUAAUAUGGACAAACACUACUGCUUUGAGUGUUGAGUGUGGCGUUUAGUGUGCAUGUAGGAGGGAAUGAAAUAAUGGAGUUGAACGGAAUGUUUACGGAGGACGUCAGUAUUUUCUGGAAGGAUUUUUCUACCCUGCUUGUUUUUAUUAAUUCCUUCCUUUUAUCCCUGUUUUUUAUCCUUUUUGCAAGGCUGUUUCUUUUUGCAAAAAGUACCGUGUGUGGUGAAGAGGAAAACAAGAACUGGACAAUCAUGAAAGCAAGACAAAGAACAAUCAAGAGAGAGGGACGUUGACAAGACUCGCAUUUGAAAUAAUGCAUUUACGUAUAAGACCUUUAAAGUUAACAAUCCUCUGUACCCUGAUGAGCCAAAGAAUACAGUAAUCAUCUCACCAAUAUGUGUAACUUUACAAUGCUGUAUACUGUAUAGUGUGUACAUAUGUAUAUAUAAUGACACUCAACUUCAGUUUUUAAUCUCCAGAUGUAGCAACCAGUUAAGGGUGGGGUGUUUUUCCAAGUGCUCCUGUACAAACUUAACUGAGAACAUUAACAGUACUGACCAUUUGCAGAACAGUAGCAGCAUACAGAGUAAAGCUGUAUAUAUAUAUAUAUUUUGCAUUGACAUACAAUAAUGCAGAUGACACAGACGUGCAUAGACAUAGUACAGAACUGACUGUAUAAAACAGGCACUGGGCAGUACAGACAUACACAUUGUUUGUGAAGCUAAUUUAUGAAGUUCACAUGAUUUGUAAGUGUUUUUGUUCUGUUUCGUUUUGUUAUACCUGUUGAGCAAAUGGAAGUGUUUAUUGUGCGUGGGUGACAAGGGGAGCGGAUGGGACGGGUAUAAGUGAGAGUGUAUGAGAUAAAAAAAAAAACAACUUCUGCCAAAAAAAAAAGUUUGAAAUUUAAGUGAAUGGAAGCUGGACUUCCCUAAUGUUGCACCUCACACUCCAAACAGAACCCUUCACAACAGGAACACAUCUGCACACAGCGACCCCUGCAAAGCAUAGAUACACAAGCAUACAACCACACAACCAAACAGCACGUACGAUGCACACAGGCGCCUGAAAGUGACAAUACGGCACCAAAUAACACUGACGAUUGCACAAACACUCAGCUGAAGGAUGGAGGGGAGGGUGUUAUUUGAGUGACGCACACAACCGUGCGAGUAGUUUUACGUCAUUGU